GUGAUAAGUGGUAUUAACAUGGGCAGCAAUUGCGGUUAUCACAUGGUUCGCGGAAAGAGUAAUUUGAAUGACUUCACAUUAGCUGCUAAGGCUUGUUUACCCAUCAUAGUAUCAAUAUUGGCUGAUAUCGAGAACAAUACAUACCCCCAAAAUUGUUUUCUUAAUAUUACCGUGCCAACAGAUGUUCAAAAUCACAAGGGUUAUAAGAUGACUAGGCAAGGGAAAAGUAUAAUCAAGACGGGAUGGAAGCAAACUACUAAUGAAGGACAUGGAGCGAAAAUGCUAUCAACUAUGACUAUGGACUUUACUCCAUCACAAACUACACAACCAAGUGUUGAUUGUACCGGCCAAGACCAUUUUUUAUUCGCUAGAGAAGUUAGGGCAAAACAAAUGGACAAUGAAUGUGGAGAUUAUAGUUUUCUUCAAGAAGGAUAUAUAACCGUCACUCCCAUCAAUGCACUGUUUACGGUUGAUGUAGAAAGUUCAACAUUAUUCAAAGACUGGUUGCCAUAAACCAAAUUUUGCUGCUCUCUAUUGACUGGAAUUUCUCGGAGAUAGUGAGAAGAAGAGAAGAUAGUGCAGUAGGGAAAAAUAAACCAUGGGGUAUGAUUUAUGAUUUGUAUGAAGACGUGGAGAUGAAGACGUUGAGAAAGAGAACGGAGAGGAACAAAUGGAGAUGAACAAGAAAUAUAUAUUACGACAAUAAUUAAAUAUAUAUCUUUCCUCUUCUAUAUCUCCUAUAUACAUACAUCUCUAGUAAUUAUUUUCCUCAUUGUCGAUGGUACUACCUUCAUCCCGAAAAGGUUCGUCAAAUUGACUUUUCUUGAUCAAUGAUGUCAAACUUUGGACAAUGAUUUUAAUUAUUAUAUUUUUAUAUAAUUUAUAAAUUUUAUAUUUUUAUGAAAAUAUUUUUAAUGAG